AGAGAGAGAAAAAGGAAAGACGCGCGGGCAAAAUGAAGAAAAGUAAGCGGGAAGUCGAGUUAUCUUCCUCUUGGCUGUUAUGUUAUUAUGGAAAAGACUGGCUUCUGCUCUCUCCUGUCUCUGUCUCUGUCUCUGUCUUUGCCCACAAUAAAAACACUCGGCACUAGUUUUCUUCUCUAUUAAAAAAUAUACUUAAAGAAAGCCCUAAAACCAAAAAUAAAAAAUCCUUUCUCUUUCUCCAUAAAAUCUAAAUCUAAAACGCUUACUAAAAACCAAGACCGACUGUUACCCAUUCAAGAAACCAGAGAGCAAAAAAGAAAGAAAAAAUGAUUGAGAAGGGAAAAGGGAUUUUAAACCCUAAUUUGAAGCUCUCUCUUCCUCCUCCGGCAGAGAUCUCCUUCGCCAAGUUUCUAACCGAAAGUGGUACAUUCAAAGACGGUGAUCUCCUCGUCAACAAAGAUGGAGUUCGAAUUGUCUCUCAAUAUGAACCUGGAGCUCCUCCGCCUAUUAAGCCGUCAGAAACUGACACGGAUAAUCAGUUGAAUUUAGAAGAUAUCGAUGCGAUUAAAGUAAUUGGCAAGGGUAAUGGUGGAAUUGUGCAAUUGGUCCAACACAAAUGGACUGGCCAGUUUUUUGCAUUGAAGAUUAUUCAAAUGACUAUUGAGGAGUCAGCUCGCAAGCAGAUUGCAAAGGAAUUGAAAAUAAAUCAAUCCUCUCAGUGUCCAUAUGUUGUUGUGUGUUAUCAGUCUUUCUAUAACAAUGGUGCCAUUUCAAUCAUCUUGGAGUAUAUGGAUGGUGGAUCCCUAGCAGAUUUUCUGAAAAAGGUUAAAUCGAUUCUCGAGCCCUAUCUUGCUGCAAUAUGUAAGCAGGUGCUGAAGGGUUUGAUGUAUCUUCAUCAUGAAAAACAUAUUAUCCACCGAGACUUAAAGCCAUCUAACUUGUUAAUAAAUCAUAGAGGAGAAGUCAAGAUCACUGACUUUGGUGUGAGUGCAAUAAUGACAAGCACCUCAGGUCUAGCAAGCACUUUUGUUGGCACAUACAACUAUAUGUCUCCUGAGAGAAUUAUUGGUGGCGAUUAUGGCAAUAAAAGUGAUAUUUGGAGCUUGGGGCUAGUGUUGCUUGAGUGUGCAACUGGUAAAUUCCCAUAUUCCCCACCAGAGCAGCCAGAAGGGUGGACUAAUUUUUAUGAGCUCAUGGAACAAAUUGUUGAACAACCACCACCUUGUGCACCUUCUGAGCAAUUUUCUCCUGAGUUUUGCUCAUUUAUUUCUGCAUGUGUAAAGAAAGACCCAAAAGAAAGAAAGUCAGCACAUGAACUGCUGGCACAGCCUUUCUUGUACAUGUAUGAUGACUUGGAUGUGGACCUCUCAUCUUACUUUAACAAUGCAGGAUCACCACUUGCAACACUUUAGAACUUAUGUGGACUCUGCCUUUGGAAUUAAAGUUCACAUGCUUUAAUGCCGGACUGGUCACAGGAUUGCUGCUUAUCUGUUGAAAAACUUGUUUUCGCUAAAUUGAUCUCGUCUUUGCUUCAGAUCUAAAGCAUAAUGUAACUCUUAGUCAUUUUCUUUUCUAGGUUUCUGUUUAUUUAGAAUCUAAGAAAUACUUUUAUUGCUUUUGGAAGCCUUGGAUAUCUUAGAAAAAUAAGUAAAAGAAAGAAAAACAAAACAAGAAAGACUCUAAUAUAAGCAAAGUUGUUAUUGGCUUUGGGUACUAAUAAUGAAAUUUGUGAUGAAUUCUAACAACUAUUACCUAAGUGUAUACCCUGGGCUAAAUAGAAUACGGCAUCAUUCAUUCUUUCUUCCGGAUUUGCCAAUCUUUUCUUGCAUAAUACUAGGUACAUAUUCCAUUCUACUUGAGAGGUCUAGUGUUUCUAACUUCUAAGCACCCGUACAGAUGUUGUCCCUAUCUACCUUGUCAUGAUGGUGGACUUGAUAUUUGUUAGCAUUUUGCCUUUAAAAGAUUGAAAAUUUUGAUUGUUAAUGCAUAUAUUUUGCUUUAUGAUGUUGAUCAUACGGUGUGCUGCUCAGGCAAUGUGUUUUGUGAACUGUGGUUGAAGUACUUUAUUUUUUCCCUAAAGGAUAUUUUUGAAUUUUUUCCCAAAAAAUAAUUAUUCAUUUUGGUAGCUUUUAAUCUAUGUGCCUAAAAGUGACAGGCAGUUAGGCACUAUUCAUGCUUGAAUUGUAAUUAAUUU